AUGGCGAUCUUGAUGAUGAUGAUCGCAUUGGUUCAUGCAACCCGCAUUCAAGUCUCUACAUCCACUGAACUCUGGGGAAAGAUCAAUACACUUAAAGCCGGAGAUGAAUUAUUAAUUCGGGGAGGCUCUUACACCACCAAUGUUGCAGGCUAUUACAAAUUGGUUACCUUACGAGGAAACUUAACUCAUCCCAUCCGAGUCUAUGCUCUUUCCAAUGAAACGGUUCUCAUCUCGGGAGAUUCUGCUGGCUCUCAGAAUAUCGUGAAUUUAGAUGUCGAGUAUGCAGUGUUCGAGAAUUUACAAUUUACAUUGGGAAGUCGUGGAGUUCGAGUUCAACAUGCACAACAUUCUCAGUUUUUGAAUUUGAAAGUGAACAAUGCAGGAGAUGCUGCAUUUACUACCAAUGAUUCAGGACAAACUUAUUUGAAUUUAACCAUCCGAGGAUUGGAGAUUAGUAAUACGCGUGGAACGGGAGAAUGUUUUUAUUUGGGAUGUAAUAAUGCUGCAUGUAAGAUGGUGGAUUGUGUGAUUGAGAAUAAUUAUUGUCAUGAUACCACUGCUGCUUCACAGGGUGAUGGAAUUGAGUUAAAGACUGGAUCGUACGGUAAUAUUAUUCGAAACAAUGUAAUUUUCAACACGAAAUAUCCUGGAAUUACUCUCUACUCCACUUAUUAUACCAAUUAUGAUGCAGCUGAAAAAGCUUUGGCCAUCUCAAAGCCAAAUAUUGUGGAAGGAAAUAUCAUUUGGACCACAAUCGACAAUGGAAUUCAAGUCACAGGUAAUGCCAUUAUUCGAAAUAACAUUAUCAUGAAUUGUGGUGCAAGUUGCAUUGCCAUCCAAACCAAUCAAGGAGUGGUUGAAAAUGUGAAACUUCUUUUCAACACUGCUGUGACUGCUGGCAGUGCUUGUUUAAGAGUCACCAACUCUGGUCCAGGAAUUGUCAUUGCCAACAAUGCUGCCUAUUGUACUACUGCAUUGUAUGCAGCUCAGGCUCUUCCUGGCGAUGGUAUUGUCAAGAACAAUGUAAUUCAAGGUACCACCAACAUUGCCACUGCUAAUGCCACAUUGAAGAUUGGAAAUUUGGCUGCUGAUUUCCAACAAACUACGACACUCCCUUACAAUCUCUUCCCAACGGCAACAAGCUCAGUAUUAGCAAAGGCAGACUCUUCACAAAGUGUUUCUCAUGAUUUCAAUGGAAAUGCUCGAAGUGGAGCUUUGGACUGUGGUGCAUAUCAGAAAGGAUCUGCUUCAACAAAUCCUGGAUGGAUUCCAGUGAAAGGAUUUAAACCUUACGUGUAUACUCCUUCUCCACAACCAUCUCCCCAACCAUCACCAAAAGUAUCACCAAAAACAUCACCAAAGGUAUCACCAAAGAGUUCCCAAAGGACAAACAUUGCUGCAAUUUACUCGGCUAAUACUGUGUUAUUUAUUGUUUUGAUUUCUACAGCUCUUAUGCUCAUGUAA